AAUUCCACUAGGCCUAUGGUGGGUGGUGUGGAGGGUGAUACUAUCACAUUAUCCUUCAGCUACACUGGCUCUGUAAACAAUCUACAGUGGUAUAGUCAGUAUCCUAGGUCUAAACCAGAGUUUCUGAUUCUCAGCACGAAAUCAGGACAUGUCCAGAAACUUGUCAAUCCUCGCCUUCCAGCUCAGGUUCAUUCAGACCGUGUGGAAAAACAAACAAAGACUAAAGCAAAAACUAGACAUUUUCAGAUAGAAAUUAAUAGAGGAUCUACUCAGCUCUCUCACUGUCAUAUCUCUCAGUUGGUUUAUCUAGUCUGUGUCAGGAUGUCACUCAUAUUACUGUUGCUCCUCUCAGCGUUUGUAGGUGAUAGUAUGGAGCAGGAAACAAUAACUCCAGUGAAGCCUGAAGUCAAUGCUCUCCAAGGAACAGACAUCACUCUCUCCUGCAACUACAAGGGCGACAUUAUCAAUCUACAAUGGUACCGUCAAUACCCCGGAUCCAGACCAGAAUGUCUACUUUUGAUCCAACAAAGCGGCAUGUAUAUUCAGAAUACAUCAAUUACGACUCCACGACACACUGGUAGACUGAAUGAAGAGAAGACCCGUGUUGACUUGAUGAUCUCCUCUGUUGAAUUGGAAGACUCUGCUCUGUACCACUGCGCCUUGCAGCCCACAGUGACAGGAAACCCAGACUCGCUGUACAAAAACCUGUCAAGACCCUUGGAGGUGAACUGUGCAUUGUGUUCUGAUCAAUCAGUUAUUAUUUAGAGUACAUUAAUACAUAAUUUCUUUCCUGAAUAUCCACAUUAAUUUAAAAAGAAGCAAGAAAACACAUUUCAUGUAAAUAUUAUUGAGGAGAUAAUACUUUAUAUUGUCUGCAUUUUCCUAUUCUGAUAUAACAUGAUCAAAGAUACCAGUCUGAAUAAAUACAGAAUGAAGAACA